CGGGAGAGGCAUGGCGUGCCGCGGCCUGUGCUGCUGCUCCCCGAGCCCGGCGGGCGCCCUGAACGAAGACAACGCGCGCUUCCUGCUGCUGGCCGCGCUCAUCGUGCUCUACAUGCUGUGCGGCGCCGCCGUCUUCUCGGCCCUCGAGCUGCCCCGCGAGCGGGAGACGCAGCAGAGGUGGCAGGCCCGCCUGCAGAACUUCUCGCAGCGGCACAACCUCAGCCUGCCCGACCUGCGCCAGCUCCUCUGGGAGUACGAAGUGGCCUACGUGGCCGGCAUCCGGGUGCAGGACGUGCGCCCCCGCUGGGACUUCCCCGGCGCCUUCUACUUCGUGGGCACCGUCGUCUCCACCAUAGGUUUUGGUAUGACCACACCGGCCACCAUUGCAGGCAAGCUUUUCCUGAUAUUUUACGGCCUAGUAGGUUGUGCGGGGACCAUUUUGUUCUUCAACUUGUUCCUGGAGCGCUUGAUCACCAUCAUAGCAUAUGUCAUGAAGUCCUGCCAUGAGAGACAACUAAGGAGAAAGGGAGUCCUUCCCCAGGACACACGGCAAGCUUCUGGUAACCCUGAAGUGGACAGCUUAGCAGGAUGGAAACCGUCUGUGUACUACGUCAUGCUUAUCUUGUGCCUCGCAUCCAUCAUCAUUUCCUGUUGUGCCUCUGCUAUGUACACACCGAUUGAAGGGUGGAGUUACUUCGAUUCUCUCUAUUUUUGCUUUGUUGCCUUCAGCACUAUUGGUUUUGGUGAUCUGGUCAGUAGUCAGAAUGCCCAGUAUGAUAGCCAGGGCCUUUACCGAUUUGGCAAUUUCAUCUUCAUACUUAUGGGGGUAUGCUGCAUUUAUUCCUUGUUCAACGUGAUCUCCAUUGUCAUCAAACAGUCCAUCAACUGGAUACUAAAGAAACUGGAAUGCAAGUUCUGCCAGAGAUGCCAAAGAAAACUAUUUAGGUCACGAAGGAAUGCUGUUGUACCAGGGACCAUUCCAAGCCAGCGCAACAUGUCCAUUGAGUCGGACGGUGUCAUUGAGAGUGAAACAGAUGGACGCAGAAUGUCUGGCGAGAUGAUCUCCAUGAAAGACCUCUUAACUUCCAACAAAGUAUCGCUAGCCAUCAUGCAGAAACAGUUGUCUGACACAGCCAACGGCUGCCCAAGACAAAUGACCUCUGUUUCAAGACAAAACGGGUUUGCUGGUGGUGUUGGUGCUUUGGGGAUUAUGAAUAACAGGCUGGCAGAAACGAGUACAGAUAGGUAAAUGACAAUACUUGGGAGCACAUCAGCAAGAGGAUAAAUGAGGAUCCGAAGUUAUCACAGGGUCAGAACUAACAGAGCAGGACACUUAUUAGAAAAGUUCUUAUUGCCAGUCAAUAUGGAUUAUUUCUCUUUGCACUAAACCACCUUUCUGCACUUGUCUUGCAGCCCUUGAGAAAGAAAUUUCCUGUGAUGUCAUGUUACAUAAUUGCACCUAUAUGUUUCUCUAUUUAUGUUCAGGUCUGAGUGUGAAAAAAGUCACUGAGCUGGGAAGAACCAUGAGAAGCUAACACUAAUUUCACUGUACUGACAAACCAGUUGUGUAAGAUGAUAUGCUUAUAGUCACUGAUCAGAUCUAGUGUAAAGGGGAGCAUUGAUAUGAAAAAAUUGAUCUCCUGAUACAAAUGCUGGGAUCAGACUCUUCCUUAUCAUUGACAUAGCCACUGCCAUUGGCUGUUGACCUAGUUCCUUCAUUCAAUUGGCUGCAUACCCAGCUUCAAGCUUUGAGCUGCUCAUCAUUCCAUCAGCGCUAGAUUGCACUAUAGACCCCUACUAACAUUAAUAAGAGGUUUUGUGAAGCAGCCUGGCCUCCCAUUGGCCAAACACUGGAUGUCCCUUUGGAGGAAGUUUGCACGGUGUCAAAACAGGAUCAGGCUGCUGGAUUCUCUGUGGGAAAUUCAUUUUGCAUUCAGUUAUAUUU